AUGGCUUGUGUUUUUUUUUUUGAAAAAAAAAAUUGGGAAAUCUGGCCGCAACGAGUAAGAGGGUCUCAAUGGUUAGCGUUGAAGACUUUGGGCGUAGGCCCGGUUGAAGCUUCCAUUGGUGCAGAUCUUGGUGGUAGUAGCAAAUAUUCAAGUGAGAUCCUUGAAGACUGUAGUGGAGAAGGGUUCCACGUGAACAGCAGUUGA